AUGGAUUUCAAAAAUGCUGAAUGUAUAUGGGACGCUUUAAACGACCUACAUAAAAAUGACAAGGAGGCGUAUCAGAAAUUCAUGAAAAAACAUAUGAACAAGCUUCAAGAAAAUGUAGUGAUAAAACCAAAAUAUUUAUUAUGCGUACAAACAGAUGUGGAAAGGGUUAGUAUAAGAACACAGAGUAAAGAAUAUAAAGAAAAUAUUUGUAAUUAUUUUGUUUUCAUUUAUUAUACUAGUAAGAUGAAAGCACCAGUACUUGAAGACAAUUUUAUAAAUAAUAUUGAAAAAAUUAAUAUGGAUAAUAUUUUUAUAAGUAUAUCAAAAACAGAAGGCGAAAGCUCAAAAGAUAUGUAUGCAGAAGCUGUUAUACAUACAUUAAUUUAUAAAAAUAUGGAAAAUAAUAAGUUUAAAAAUAAAGUUAUUUUAAGAAUAUUACAACUAUUAAAUAAAUAUGAAAAUAAAUUAAACGGGGAUAUAUAUAUUAAUGAUAUGAAUUAUAAAAUAAUAGAUCUAUAUUAUACACCAAAAACAAGACAUACAUUAAAUUCUCAUUGUGUUAAUCAUAAUAUAAAAAAAGAAGAUAAUAAUACUCAAAUGGUUGAUGAAAGUGAUAUAAAAUUUUUCAAACUAUUAAAUGAAAAACAAAAUAAAAAUAAAAAUGAUCAUGAUAAGGACAAAAAUCAAAAAGAAAUUAAAAUAUUACAAGAAAAUAAAGAACUCCUUAAUCAUAUCGAAUCUGUAAAAACCACCAAAAAAAAAAAAGAACAAACGAAUAGUAUACAUAAUUAUAUACCAAAACAAAUAAAAUCAUAUCACCAUACAAUAAUAGAUAGCUUUCUCCAUAUCAUAGUCACCUUCGAUAAUAUAAUAUAUGAUAGUUUACAAGUUCUAAAAUAUAACAAUAAAGUGCACAUCUAUGUAUCAGACAAAUAUGAUGAUUGUAUGACUCUGAACUUUAAAGAGAAAUUAAGUGACAACGUCAAAGCCUACUUUAAUGAGAAAUUACUAAAAUUAACCAUCAGCAUUGAAAUAUUAUACUGA